AGUAGAGAGUUUGUUUAAAUUACAGUCUGUGAAUAAUAGGUUUUGAACUUUUUGUUUGUUUACAGGGACUUGUAAAUUAACAACAUGCUGGUUACUCUUUCUUUGCACUCUUGGAUGGCCUGCUCCACAAACUCAGCCUCAUGGCUCAGCCAUGGGUUCCUCAUCUCCACCAGCAACAAGUCAUUGUCCAGGUUAUUCAAGCCAACCACCACCACUUUCUGCUGCUUCAAUAAUUCCACACCAUCUUCAUCUCUUAGUAAAAAAGCAGUGUCAUCCGAGCCUGAGAUUUGUCGCAGUUGGGUAGAAGCUGAUGAUGCUCAUCUAGUCCUUCCACUUUUAUCACAAGCAAGAUUUAAGGUGGUGUCAUAUAACAUAUUGGGGGACAAAAAUGCUUCAAAACACAAAGAUCUAUACCUGAAUGUGCCCUCCUCUUACAUGAAUUGGGGUCGGCGCAACAAACUUAUACAAGAUGAACUCACAGGGUGGGAUCCUGAUAUAAUAUGUUUGCAAGAGGUGGACAAGUAUUACGAUCUUUCAUUUAGUUUGGAGAAAGCAGGAUAUCUCGGUUCUUAUAAGCGGCGGACUGGUGAUAUGGUGGAUGGUUGUGCAAUGUUUUGGAAGUCGGACAAGUUCCGGUUAAUAGAUAAGGAAAACAUUGAAUUCAAGCAAUUUGGUCUUCGUGAUAAUGUUGCUCAACUAUCUGUGUUUGAGAUGUGUAGAGAUGAAUCAUUACGUAUUGUAGUCGGGAACAUUCAUGUACUUUUUAGACCAAGUCGCGGUGAAAUUAAAAUAGGCCAAAUUCGUUUAUUGUCCUCAAAAGCUCAUGAUCUCUCCAAAAAAUGGGGCAACAUACCUGUGGUGCUUGCAGGUGAUUAUAACAGCACUCCCCAGAGUGAAAUUUACGAGUUCAUAUCUUCAUCAGAGCUAAAUGUGAUGCUGCAUGACCGCAGAGACUUGUCAGGUCAGAAACGUUGUCAUCCAAAUGAUCUUCUCAGUGCUAAAAGAGAAAAAAGUUAUCAGAUAAAUUUGAUUGAUAGAUUCAAAUAUUACAGAUCUUCAAAGGCUUGUUGGACAAACGAAGAGCUAAAAGUUGCCACCGGAACGACUGAUACUCAUGUAGCUGUUCACCCCUUAAAGCUCAGUAGCUCAUAUUCUACUGUACAGGGAUCUAUGGCAACAAGGGACUCUAUAGGCGAACCUUUAGCAACGUCAUACCACUCAAAAUUUCUUGGCACAGUCGACUAUCUAUGGCACACUAGUGAUCUCAAACCGACUCGGGUUAUGGACACUGUUCCGAUUGAUAUAUUGCAGAAGACUCGAGGUCUUCCAUCCAAAAACUUGGGCAGCGAUCAUCUGGCUUUGAUCUCUGAGUUUGCUUUCCUAAGGACACCAGAAAGCAUCAGUAGGAAUUUAUCACUGGAAAAAUAAUCAUCUUUUGUAUGUUUAGUCAAUAAUCUCCAGUAAAUUACUGCAAGGAAUGCAAGUUUAAACUGCGGAUUUCAUUCAAUAUUGAUUUACCAUAUCACUGCAAAUUUAAACACCAUGAAGAUUGUAGCAUCACCGAUUUGAAGCAACAGAAAGCAGUUUUGAAUACCUA